AUGUCAUCUAUCCAUACAUCUCAUGGGGAGGCUGAUGGAGUAUCUGAGGAUGAUGAAGUAUCUGAGAAUGAUGAAGCAUCUAAGACUGAUGAAGAUGCUCCCAAGAAUGAUGAAGAAGAUGGGAGUGAUGAAGAGUUUCAAACUCCUAGAGGAACAACGAACACAAGCUCUGGAGGUAGAAAUGGAAAGAAGAGGCUCUCGGAUCGUGGAAUGGAAAAAAGGAAUCCAAAGGUUCUCUGUUCUAGUGCCAAACAUGCGCCGUUCACUACAAGAAAAAUGGGCUUUGAUAACAGUGAAGGAUAA